AUGUAUUUCUGGAACUACGGCUACAUGAACGUCGUCUACCGUGUUGUGUACACCUAUGCGGAUGGCACCCGCUCCCCUCCCAGCACCUUGACCAUGUCGCUCACAGAGAACGCUUAUUGUGAGCCCAGGGUGUACGUGGAGUUCUCUUCACCCAUCGCGACACUGUUGGCCGGUGGACCGCCUGGCAAGCCCCGCACUGGCAUUAUGCUUCAGCGGUCAGGCGCCGUCACAUGUGAUGGCUCUCCUCCGGCUAACUGGGAUACAAACGCCUUCAUUGACAUCGUCCGCGUUAACAGCACGAAGGAUUACGGGGAUGGUAGCGGCUGCAGGAUAGUCUCCGACAGUGCCAUCAACUGUCUCGAUUUCAUGCGUGUGGGCUACCCAUCCGCGCCACCUGUGUCUGCAUGGCGCUGGGCAGGCAACAGCACUGCUACCACGCGAAUUUACUCAUCUCUUGGCAGAUCUGCACCGGCCCUGGUCUUGAAUGGCGCAGGCGGAUUUAAUGUGAAGUAUUCCUUAUCGUACGACUACAGUACUGGAUACCUCAUCGGAUACCGCAGCUUGCCAUCACCGAACAGGCUGUGGGCUGCACAUGCCAACAGGUCACGGCCCUCCAUCUUCGUGGAAUUCUCUGCACCGUUGUCGCUGGGCCAGGGUGACAGUGUGGUGCUGCAGCGCUACGAAGAGGAAUGGGGACUGGUUGAUGUGGACCGUAUAGGGGCCACGCAAGCCAAUGGCAGCUCCUGGCUGUUGUUCACGGACUCGUUACCACCAUUCUUUGGACCUUAG